ACAGUUGAACAGCGGCCAGCAGCAUGAGUUCACCCACUAUCCUGUUGUACGCUGUGCUACUUCUGGCUGGGCUCUGGAGCUCGGCACAUGCCGAUGAGAGUCCUGGCUUCUUUCUGAAGAUCACCAAAAACGUGCCACGUCUGGGCAAGCGCAGCGAAGGUUUUCCCAUGAAGAACAUUAAGACCAUACCACGCAUUGGACGCAGCGAUCCCCAAGCCUCUGUCACACCCUUGCUAGCCUGGCUUUGGGAUAUGGACAUGGACAUGGCUCAGCCGCAGCUCAGCAAGCGUCGCCUGCCCAACAAUGUCGGCGCUGGCCAUGUGGAACACGAGCUGAACGUUGUGCAGCCGGUUAAUUCGAACACGCUACUUGAGCUACUGGAUCGAAAUGCUAUACCCAGCGAGCAUGUCAAGUUUGUGCACUGGAAGGACUUUGAUCGUGCCCUGCAGGCCGACACGGAGCUGUACGACAAGGUUAUACACCUGGGACGCGAUCCGGACCAACGUUUGAAGCAGGAUCUCAACUUCAACAGCUAUAUACCGAUCUUUGGCUCUGACGAUGGACUUGGCAACAAUUUUAUGCUGUACAACACGGACGAUAGCGAUUUGUAUGGCAGCAACAAUCGCUACAAUCGCAACUUUAUGGAGUAUAACCGUUUGUAGAUGAGCGACAAGUGUGAAUACAGGGUAUCCAAAAGUGGUACUUGCUACUGGUGUAUACCCUAUGUGUAUUCGGCUAUUGGCAGCCUUUGUAUCUUUGUGUGCGCAAUGGUUUAAAUAAAACCAGAAAUUAUACAACAAAUUUUGAAGAA